AUGAGCCGAUCAGACCAGCUGGACUUCAGCUUCGACCUAAUCGACCAGCGAAUGGCUAACCUACUGUCAUCCUUCGAAGCGCACCCCCUCAUGCAGCCACCCUCAGUCAACCCGACUGCCUUCUUUCUCUUUGACUUCGUCCGCAACACGCACCGUCUCUUCAAAUCGAUUGAUGCUGAGACAUUCCAGUCCGGCGUCAGAGAAGACCGCGAUAAGGCGCAGGAGGUUCUGGAGAGGAAUCAAUUCGCCAACCUGCUUGUUAAUGAUACCACGGGCAAACUGGCGUUGAUGACCGGUGGGGAUCCUAGGAACCCGGUGGACUUUGGGGAUGAGAUUCGCCAGAGGGCGAGAGCGUUAGUGGAGAUUUGA